CAAGUCCAAGAAAACCAAAACAUAAGAUAUUUUCCAUCCCAGCUGCCACACCCCUCAGGCCCUCACCCGCUUCCCUUUUGCUUCAUCAAUCAAAUAUCAAAUUUGGAGUUGUUCAAGCUUUAAUUUUCUUUCGAAUUCUUAUUUUCUAGUAGAAAGUUUUCAACCCGUAAUCCCUCAAUUAAACCAGGUUAUGUGGGUCAGCCCAAAUGUUUAAUUUGUUUUGCAAAUUGUGAAGCAAUUACCACAAAACAUAUCAAGUCAGUCUCUUCACUGGGCUUGACAACAAAGUCUAGUUAUUGCUGCAAGACUUCAAGUCUUUACACCAACGAGUAAGUACUUCGAGUCUUCCCUCACAGCACCUAAUAUACGUUUCUCAACAACUUUUCCAAAUCGCUGUGCUUUUAAACACAAGUGCUGUGAACAACUGAGUUCAUAAUCUAAUCUUCCUCUUCUUCAGGUAGGAUAUUGAUUUUUUAAUCAGUAGGUUCGAUAUGGCUAUCACUUCAUUUGUAAGCUUCCUUCUAUCUCUUCUUCUGAUCUUAGUUCAGGCAAAGGGAAACAAUCAUUCAACUUGUCCAAAGUCUUUUGCAUGUGGAAAUUUUACUGACUUGAGCUUUCCUUUCUAUCUUUCUACACAACCUGACUGUGGAAUUAUUUCUAUGUCUGGUUGUGAUGCUAAACCAUUUCCGAAAAUCCAACUGCUUCCUGAAGGAGAUUGGUACUAUGCUUUACAGAAGCAUGAUUCAUCAGUUUGGCUUGGGGAUACGAAGCUUCAAAAAACGUUGACGAAACACAAGUGCCAGGCUUUUGACAAAAAUUUAUCCCUUCCAAACUCUCCUUCUAUUUCUUUCCAUAUGAUUAAUCUUAACAACUUCUUCAAAUGCAACACUACCAGUAAUAAUCCCCUAAACGUUACCCAGAAGAAGAACGAUCGUUUUGCUGGUUAUAAUAUGUACAAUGGUUGUGAAGGCUUUAGCAUAUACUACAAGCUUUCCCAAGAUGGUGAUGAAUACAUAGGAGCAGACAAUUUUCCUACCAACUGUACACUUAUCAGAUUGCCAAUUCAGUCAAGUCAUGGUGAUUUGUUCAACUGGUUAGGUCCCGAAAUUCUAAUAGAAUGGAAACUGUCUGAUGACUGUUACCAAUGUCAAGAUGGUGGAGGUCAAUGCCACACUGAUAAAACCAACAAAUUUUAUUGUCAGAAAGAUGUUGCAGAUGUUAGUAAUCUAAUAGCAGGAACAUCAAAAAGGGGUCACCUAAGGACAACCUGGUUCUCAGUGGCCACAGGUGCAGUUUUGUUUACAGUUGGACUGUUGGUUUUACUCUUCUACUUCAGAGAAAAGAUUUUGUGCUACAAAUACCUCAGGUUUUGGGAAUCUAAUGCUGAGGAUCACAAAAAAGUUGAAGCUUUCUUAGAGAACUAUGGAUCAUACGCUCCAAAGAGAUACAAUUAUACAGACAUCAAAAGAAUCACCGGUCGCUUCAGAAGCAAACUAGGACAAGGAGGAUUUGGUAAUGUAUACAGAGGAAAUUUGCGUAACGGGAGCCAAGUGGCAGUGAAGGUCCUGAAUGAACUAAAAGGAACUGGUGAAGAUUUCAUUAACGAGGUGGCAAGUAUUAGCAGGACAUCACAUGUUAACAUAGUGAGCCUUGUGGGAUUUUGUUUUGAGGGUCGCAAAAGAGCUCUUGUAUAUGAAUUCAUGCCAAAUGGAUCUCUUGAAAAGUUUAUCUAUGAGGAAAGAUCUAACAAAUUUCGCCAAUUGGGUUGGCCAAUAUUGUACAAAAUCGCACUAGGCAUUGCUCGAGGAUUGGAGUACUUGCAUCGUGGUUGUACCACUAGGAUUUUGCAUUUUGAUAUAAAGCCUCAUAAUAUCCUGCUUGAUGAAGAUUUUUGUCCUAAGAUCUCCGACUUUGGUCUUGCCAAAAUGUGCAUGAAAAAGGAGAGCAUUGUGUCAAUGUUAGGUCCACGUGGGACUAUUGGUUAUAUUGCUCCAGAAAUCGUUUGCAGAAACUUGGGAGGUGUCUCUCACAAGUCUGAUGUCUAUAGCUAUGGAAUGAUGGUCCUAGAGAUGGUUGGAGGAAGAAAAAAUUUUGAUGUUGGAGUUGAUCGCACAAGUGAAAUCUACUUUCCACAUUGGCUCUAUCAACGUAUUGAACUAGAUGGAGAGCUUCAAUUAACUGGGAUAAUGAAUGAAGAGGAGAAAGAAUGUGCAAGAAAGAUGGUGAUGGUGAGCUUAUGGUGCAUACAAACUGAUCCCUCAAAUCGACCAUCCAUGAGUAAGGUUGUGGAAAUGUUAGAAGGGAACCUAGUCUCUUUGCCAAUUCCUCCCAAACCUUACCUUUAUUCUCCGUCAAGAACAGAGGGAGAUUCAUCAGCAGUAGAACUGACCUGGUCUUUGUUUGUUGAUAUGUAAGCUAUCAUUUGUGUAGUCUCAUUUUGUUAUAUAAUUUUCCUCAAUGUACUUGUAUGUUCUUGAGUGUGGGAAGCAAUAAAUUCAUGUUUUUCUUAAUAACAUCGCUAAAAGAUCAGUGAUUUGCCUAGGGAAUUUCAUAACUGCUGCAUAUGAUAUAAUUGGAAUGUACAUUCUACUUAUAUGAAUUUAAUG